CUUUUUCUUCCAACCGAAAGGAAAAAUUCUUUGUUUUACUAAAUCCUCAACCAAUGUCAUGUGAUCAAAUAUGGUGGCAGUUUACUCGCCCACCAAGUGACAACAGUGUGGAGAUUAACGAGAUGUCGUAGGUUGUCAUAUGGAUGGAUCAAGUUGUCUGCCGGUUUUGAUCAGAUUUAUUUUCACGGAGUUAUUGUGAACCAUUCAAUGUGAAAUAAUGCAUUCAUCCGAGGAUUUUCCUGUUGUGAAAAGCCCAUUCAACUUGCAGACGUAUCAGCGCCGUUUAAGGCACCUUCAGAGCAUUGCUGUGAGAAAUCUCCGCUGUCCGCAGGAUGCUGAUCUUGACUUUAGCUCACUACAGGUUUUCUUCACGCUUCACACUAAUGAGAAGAGCAAUGCUUUCUACACUAGUGAAAGGAUCACAGGCUCCCUGAAUCCCACAUGGCAAAGUUUCGAUUUACAUCGUUUUGACUCAGAAGUGGAUCUCACCUCAAAGUUCUUGGUUGUGCGUGUGUGGAUGGGCAACGGGCAGACAUGCAAGGUGAAAAUCGAGUGCCAUGUCUGCUUGUCGGGUUUGGUCUUCUUUGCCAACUCACUGCAGGUCCCAGGCAUCAAGCACCCCACCAACACAUUCCUAUUUGGGAUGUACAACUUCUACUUCUUUCACUAUAACGCCACUGCCACUACACCUCUUCUUGACCAUUGGGUUUUGGACAAGGAAGUCCCGAGAAAUAAGGUGCCCGCAGUGGUCAGUGUUGAUCAAUCCCAGCUGCAACCAUCAUACAACUUGAAUUACUUGUCCAGGAUCCACACUGUGCGAAGGGCCAUCAAACAGACACAGGCUUCAGUGACACGCAUCCAUUCCAGUAUAGAAGACAGGUUACUGUCUUCCACUGAGAACUCUGAAAAGUUAUCGCAGAGAGAAAUGUUAGAAAUGAAAGUGAGACAACUCCGUCGAGAGCUGUUGUGGCAGACGCAGCAGAGGCAGGCAGAGGAAGAAAAGCUGGAAAAAUUCAAGGCAGAGCAGGAUGCAAGAUUGGAAAAACUCAGAAAAGACCACACUCACAUGACCUCUCGAGGCAACAAAUGCGAAGAAGACAGAACCUUGCAUAUACAGUCCAGGGAGAUGUUAGUCAAAGAGAAUGCCCAAGUGCAAUACAGACGGAAACAGAUCAUCAGUGAAAUGGCGCACUACAUCUACCCUAUUAACGAGGAUGAGAAGCAAAACUUCUACAUAGUCAAAGUAAAAUUACCCAAUGCGGAAGAUUAUCAAGGUCAGGACGAAACCAGAGUUGCCGUGGCAUUGGGCUUCACUUGUCACCUGACGCAGAUGUUGUCCCACUUCAUGGACAUGCCGUUGCGCUAUCCCAUGGUGCAUCGGGGCUCCCGGUCCUUGAUCAUAGAUCAUGUGCACAGCAAACUAGCGGAUAAGGAUAGAGAGUUUCCGUUAUAUAGCAAAGGCAAGGAGAAGUUUCAGUUCAACUACGCUGUCUUUCUACUGAACAAGAAUGUGAGCCAGCUACGCUUCUACUGUGGCAUGGGCACUCCAGACCUGAGGCAGACGUUGCCCAACCUGAGGUCUUUCCUGGAGCAGAGACUCGGAGUCAGACCUCCGAGCUCUGCUGAGCAACGGAAAAGCACUCCCUUACAGUCUCCGCCCACAACCAGCAUCGGAGGCUCCCAGAACAGUAGGCGGAGCCAGGCCCUCUCUAGCCCCUCCUCCGGUUACCUCAGGAAAGACAUCACAGCGGACUAUGACUCAGCAGCCCCGUCAACGCGCGGUGGAGAUGGAAACUCGGUGGUCAGCGAGGGCAUCAGUAUGGCUGACAUGGAUGGGACCAACAGCACAUUGGCAGCCGAGCUCCCAAAAAGACCAAAGCUGAUACACUCAAUGUCUUGUCCCCAGUCGGCCCGUCCUUUGGCCAACGGCAUUCCUUCAUCAGUUCGUGGCGCAGCUGACCCUAGCGCUCCCUCCAAUGGUCAUUCCAGUUCAGCGUCCCCUGUGCGAGAAGCGUCGGAGUUAAACAAUGAUGGAGGUCAACGUGUGGUGUCGUCAAAGGCAGGGAAUAAGAAUAUCAUUUCCGAAGAGGAUGAGCGGGAAGACAUCUUCAAGCCGUCAAAUGACAAUUUCUUCCAAGUGACAGUCCCAUCCUCAGUCAGCGCUUUCAGGCACUCUGUCAGCGUCAUUGAGACAGGAACUCCGCCGCUUGCCAUGGGUCUCAACAGGGAUGAACCCAGCAAUGGAGUAGUCAUUCCUACAUCGGAAAACCUCACGGAUAACGACCAGCGGACUUUCAAACUGGUGCGGACUCCAGCCAUUCCUGUAACUAGCCCGACAGCAUCCGAGAAUAAGUCGACGGCACCUGGUGCCCUCGAACCUCUUGGGGAGGAGUUGCCUCCCUCGGAUAACGGUGCCAGUAGUAAUGGAGAAGGGAGUUUUGCCGAUCCCCAGAACUCUUACAGCCAGAGCUGUUCUUUUGAUGAUUCCGAGAUGUACAUGCCAAACGAGCAAAAAGCAGAGUUAUCUGUUUUAGAACAAUAGUGCCAGGCCAUUAUGAAGGGUAGGCAUCCUACACAGCUUACCUUCAUUUAGACCAUGACUGUCUUUGUCUCAUUCCAUAACAUCCCCAAGCCAGAAGACAUAUUGGGUCUAAGGGUAGCAAGUUAAAGUCACAAUUGUUUCCCUAUAGUUAUUAUAUUUUGUACAGUGUUUUUGCCCCUUAGACUUAUUUAUUUUAUAGAUUUAGAAGACUUUCCCUAUCUAUCACCCAAUCUUGCUUUUCGUUCUCUCCCCACCCCCUUUGGACACAAGUGAUCAUUCAGAAUUAGUCCCAUCAUGUAUCGUUAAUAGAAAUUUUGAUUGUAUUUGGCUCUGGGUAUUUUGGGAACAAAGGGUUUUGUCAUUGAGAGGGAUGUUAAACAUUGGAAAAAAAUGUUUGGUGAGCUUUUUUUUGUUUUAUUUGAACAUUUUUUAACUAUUUUUUUUUUUCUUUCGAGCAAUUGAUUGAAAAAAGUUUGGUUUUUUUUGGUUGCAAUGAAAGUGUUAUGCGACUAUGUUGAAAAUAAAACAAUUUUCUCUUUUUCUGGAAAUGUUUGGAGAGUGGGAGUCUUUGCCGGUGACAGGACAAUGGCACAAAUAGAGUGUCCAGACAGACACCUCAAAACUCUGCCUAUUGCUAACUAAUUACAUAGAGACUAAUGGUUUGUGGGCACUUACAUCUAUAAUGAUAAGGGUUAUACGUUGAAUAAGUCCACAUUGGAAGCCAUGGGACAUUUUUCAAGUGUCUGCGGGAAUGAAAGUAGAUGGAUAGAUACUUAAUGUUAUGGAAAAAUUUCCCAUAGCUGGCACUGAAUUUGAAUGAUUUUAUUUGCUCUCUGAUUGUAUAUUUACAUCCUUGUUUUCCCCUUUACCGGCUUGACUGUGUGUCUUUUGCUCCCAGCAUUUUGCUGAAAUGUAUAAUGUUCAAGCAGAUGGUUGAAGAGCACCAGUGGUAGGUCAUGCUUCUUUUCUUUCCCCUUUUUAUUUUUGUCAGGCUGUGUUGCCUUUUCCAUAUUUACUAAAUGGCAGUGUUUGUGUUGAUUUUCUUCUCUUUUCUCUAACAAAGAGACAGUUAAGGUCUUUUAAUCCUUUUUCUUUUGCUCAGUGUGAGACCAGGAUGUUCAUCUUGAAUGAUCUAACAUUACUUUUUUUUCUCUUGUGUUCCAUUCCUGUGUUUUCAGUUACUCUAUCUCAGGUAUACUUGGUCCACUAGCAUCUCGUGCAGUAAUUAGGUGCUUUUCCGUGGCAUGCAGGAGACCGAAGUUGGAUUUCUGAAUGGGGAAAAUUUUCAUUAAGUGUCUCGGUCUUUCUGCUGGGACUUAGUAACCCUUUCAGCCCGUGUUGGUCCUGACGUGCAGGGUGGAAGCCCACUCGUUACAUGAUCUAAAUUGGUCUUAUCUUGCAUGGAGUGCUGUGUUUUGAUAGUUCUUAACUCUGUGUGCCAUGCACUGACAUAUCACUGCCUUUUCUCAUGUCAUGUGACUUUGUCACAUGCUGAUAGAGCAUAUCACAAGAAGAGUUAGGGUUCAGCAAGGAUUUUGUGAUUCUAUGAGCGUUUGCGGUAUAGCGGUUAGGUCCUUUGCCACAACAUGUUAAAAGUGUGAGUUUGAUUUGCUUCUUGGGAAAAUAUAUUUUAUUGAGCAAUUUGCUCUUUCUGCAAGACUCUUGUGUAGGCCCUUUGAGGCAGGUUAAAAACCCCACAUCUUUUCUUUAAUAAUCUAAAUUGUAUCAGUGGAGCAUAUGAUAUUUUUUUCUGUUAUUUGUGGCCGUCAAAUUAUAGCAAAGCCAUACUAAAUUGCAACGCCGACGCACACACUUCUUUGAGUCAUAAUAUUCCUGAACUGAUCUCUGGGCCUCUGGAAAAAUGUCUCUGGUUGAUGGGCUUUUUCCAUGCAGUGUCAGUGAGGAUGGGAGUGAUGGUGAAGAUUGUGAAAUGGGGGAGUCGAGUGAGUGGCAUUUGAGAAAAGAGUUCUCAGAACUGUAAGUUAUAGUUAUGAUAAUUUGUUUUUGUUGUUACAGUUAUUAUAGCAAUUGAGGAACUGUACUAAUCUUUUUUUUUUAGUUAAAUUGUGCACAAAUAUAUCAAACUAUUUAACAUCACAGCUGGGUAACAAAGGAUUUUGUUCAUGGCUCACAGGAGAUGUGAGUCCUAUUCUCAUAAGUGGAAUUGGUUUUAUCUGGUAUCUUUGUCUUAUCUACUGAUAUACUGUGUCUCACUCAGCCCUGGUUGGCCACGACAGGCAGAAUUGAAGCAGCUACAGCCCUGAAUUAUCUGCAUUAUUAUUCUAAUUUGUUUCUCACUUACUGGUAGGUCCUACACUUGUUCACUCCCUCAGUGCUAGAAUCUGUGGUGUAGUGGCUACGCACUUUUCUGUCACACGCGGAAGACAAGAGUUUGAUUCCCAGAUGAUGAGAGAUUUUAUCAAGUAUCUCCUUCUACUUGCUGCCACACUGCUUCCCUUUCCGCCCAGUUUGGCCGCGACAGGCGAGGUGGAAGUGGCUCACCUUCUAAAUAAGUUAAAUUGUGUUGAUAGGAAGGGUGUAAAGCAUUUACAAAUAGAAACUCUCCUUCUGCUCUUUCAGAAUGCCCGUCUUGUUGUUUUUUUUCCCCUCUCUAUAAAAGACCAGUGCUGUGUCGAAUAGCACACCUGUAGUGAAUCUAAACAGGAGUUUUAAUAGAUGAGCAAAAUAUCAAACUAAUUGAAAAUUUUUUGCCACCCUCACUUUAAUCCACCUUUCCAUACUUU